AUGGCAGAAACAACAAAGAGGUAUGCAGUUGUCACAGAGGCUAAUAAAGGGGUUGGAUUUGGCACAGUUAAGCAGUUGGCUUCAAAUGGGGUCACUGUGCUUGAUGUUACAGAUCCUUCUAGCAUUACUUCCUUGGCAGAUUUUGUCAAAACCCAAUUUGGGAAACUUGAUAUCUUGGUGAACAAUGCAGCAAUUGCUGGAAGCCAAGUAAAUCCUGAAGAUUUUAGAUCAGCUGUAAGUGGUAAGAAGCCUGAAGAAAUCCGUUGGGGGGAAAUACCGACGAUACCGAACUACAAGUUAGCAGAAGAAAGCCUGAAAACAAACUACUAUGGUACCAAAAGAGUGACUGAAGCACUUUUGCCCCUCCUCCAGCUAUCUGAUUCACCAAGAAUCGUUAAUGUUUCUUCCGGUGUUUCUAAGCUUAUGAAUUUUCCAAAUGGAUGGGCUAAAGAGGUACUAAGUGAUGCCGAGAGCCUUACAAAAGAGAGAAUAGAUGCAGUGUUGGCUGAGCAUUUAGAAGACCUUAAACAAGGUUUGGUAGAAAACAAAAGCUGGCCAACUAUCUUUCCGCCCUAUACAGUCUCAAAAACAGCUGUGAAUGCAUACACUAGAAUUCUGGCCAAGAAGUACCCAAACUUCUACAUCAAUUGUGUGAGCCCUGGAUUUGUCAACACAGAUAUAACCUUCAAUACUGGAACCUUAACCAUCGAAGAAGGUGCUGAAAGCCUUGUCUGGUUGGCGCUGCUCCCCAGUGGUGGUCCUACUGGCCACUUCUUUUCUCGCAAAGAAGCGACACCUUUUUGA